GGCGGGUCGGAGCCCACCCCUCGCGGCCGCCUGGCGGGGGCCAUGCUGGGCGGGGGGCCCCAGGGCGCCCCGGCAGGCGGGGGCGGGAGCGCGGAGCGGCCGAGCACCGGGAGCAGCAGCGCCGCGCGCCGCGGGCACCACAGCGCAGGCAGCCAGGACGGCUUACCACCUGCGGCAUCCUUUGGGAAGAAGCGGCUGGCGAGGAGGCCCGGCUACAUGAGAACAGCGGUUGGGCCCCGGACUGGGUUUCUCUCCCCAGGGGUUGGCACGCUAUUUGGUGCCCAGGGAGUGGUGUGUGGCGAGGAGCACCAGCUCUCUGAGCUCCAGGCUGGACACUGCAGCUGUGGCUCUGGAAGCCAGUGGCCAGGCCCUCCACUUGGGAGCCCUGUUUCCAGGAGCACAACGGCCCUGGCUGGGACUCCUGUGGGCUUCCCGGAUCUGGCUCUGACCCCCGCAAGAGAAACCUCAGGGUGCUUUGAGGUACAGCUCAGAGCUGGCACCAGCCUGCCCGACAGGCGAACCAGGUCUUGUAGUCCUGGGAACUCUGGGUGUCAGGGAGAGUUUCCACCCAUGGAUAGUUCUGAGGCCUCAGACCUUACUUGGGAUGCAGCCUGUGGUGAAGGAGCAAGGGGUGCCUGGGCAGCAGGCUCUCUGGCUCCAAAGGGGGUGAAUAGUGACAGCUGCAGCCAGAGAGGUGGCCCUAAUGCCCCCUUCACCCCUCCCAGCUCUCACGACGUCUAUACCUCAAGCUUUAGCUUCAUAAGGCUCUGCCUUGGCUCUGCUGGGGAGCGUGGAGAAGCAGAAGGCUGCCCACCACCCAGGGAGGCCGAGGCACCUCGCCAGAGCCCCGAGGAGAUGAAAGCCCAAGCCGCCAGCUUGGAGAGGCCCCACGAGGAACCUCGACUUCUCUUUCAGCCAUUUAAUCUCAAGGCUACUUUGAGCCCAGCAGACUCUGCCCAGACCGUGGAGAGCAGCUCCAGGCAGGCGUGUGAGACCCUUUCUUUAUUAGACACGGACGCUGCCUCCUCUUCUGUCCCGGAUUCCUUGCUGCCUGGCUCUUCUGGCUAUGAGGACAGCAUUUUGGGAUGUGAUCAUGGUUGGGACACUCUGAUCAAGAAAUACGAGCCUGUGCUGCAGGAUUGCCUGCUGAGCAACCGGAAGCAGUUGAAGAUAAAAUCUUUAAGAUUAAAGCUUCAGAAGCUUCAAGAAAAAGCAGUUGAGGAUGAUGACUACGAUAAAGCUGAGAAGUUAAAACAAAGAUUAGAAGACCUGGAGAAAGAGAAAAGCAUCCUGCAGUUUCAGCUUCCCUCAAGGCAGCCGGCUCUUAGCAGCUUCCUGGACCAUUUGGGAGCCCAGGUUCAGGCUGCCUUGUGCUGGGCAACUCAGAAGGCCAGCAGUGAAGACACCCAAUCCCCGCUCAGAAAAGAGCUGAAGCUGUUGGAAUCUACAGCUCAGGACAAACUCCAUGUGUCCAUCACUAGACGAGACUGGCUUCUUCAAGAAAAGCAGCAGUUGCAGACAGAAAUCGAAGCCCUCCAAGCAAGGAUGUCUGUGUUGGAAGCAAAAGAUCAACAACUGAGACGGGAAAUUGAGGAGCAAGAGCAUCUUGUGCAGUGGCCGUGCUGUGAACCAGCUUCCCUGGUGGGCAGGUUGCCCCUGGGCAAGCUGCAGGAGAUCAGCAAGGCCUUGGAGGACACCCUCACCUCAGCCAAUCAGGUUCCCUUCUGUGUGGAGCCCCCUGAAACCAUAAGGAGCCUCCAGGAAAGGAUAAAAUCCCUCAGCUUGUCACUUAAAGAGAUUACUGCUAAGGUAUGUAUGACUGAGAGACUCUGCAGCACUCUGAGGAAGAAAGUAAAUGAUAUUGAAACUCGACUGCCGGCAUUGCUUGAAGCCAAAACGCUUGCCGUAUCAGGAAACCAUUUCUGCACAGCUAAGGACCUCACGGAGGAGAUUAGAUCGUUAACAUCAGAGAGAGAAGGGCUGGAGGGGCUCCUCAGCAAGCUGUUGGUGCUGAGUUCCAGGAAUGUCAACAAAUUGGAAAGUAUUAAAGGAGAUUACAACAGAUUGAGAAGAGAAUUGGAACACAGGGAAACUGCCUACGAGACAACUGUGAAGGAAAAUACUGUGCAGUACAUGGAAAUACUUGAGGAUAAACUGUGCAGCUGCAAAAGUCCACUGCUUGAAAAGGUGUGGGAAGCUGACUUGGAAGCUUGUCGGUUGUUUAUGCAGAGCAUGCAGCUGAAGGAGGCUGGGGGCAGCCUGUCUGUAGACAAGAGGCAGACGGAUGACUUGGAAGGAGCUGCCUCUCCUGCUGAUAAGACCACGCCCCCCAGACCUGAGUCAGAAGAUGAGAAGACCCCUUUGCCGGCAGCCGAAGAGUGGAAGGCUCACCUGAUACCCUCUCCUCAGUGGGCUGGCAGUGAACAGAAAGAGGAGUCCCACAUCCUUUCUGCAGAACUUGGAGAAAAAUGUGAAGCCAUAGGCACGAAGUUGUUGUACUUAGAAGAUCAACUUCAUGCAGCAAUCCAUAAUCAUGAUGAAGAUCUCAUUCAGUCUCUCAAGAAGGAGCUCCAGAUGGUGAAGGCAACUCUGCAGGCCAUGAUCCUGCAGCUCCAGCCAGCAAAGGAGGCAGGAGAAAGAGAGGCUGCAGCUUCCUGCGUGACAGCUGGUGUGCGGGAAACACAGGCCUGAGGGUUAGUGUUGUUUCUGCCUUCUGUUGGAUCCAAGGACAUAUGAAAAUGUUUGCCGUUUCCUAAACUCAUAUUGUCAUUUUAAGAUAGUUGGUAUCUGCUAAACCAUCCACCUUGUUUAGGACUUCCUCCCUCCGUGAAGAAGAUGCCCUUGCUUAAAUCAGCAGUUAGCUGUGGGUCUUGGGAACAAAGUAAAUGCACAGCUUUUUUUUAAAUAAACUAUACAUGUUUUAGGAAUAAAUAUGAUUAAUUUUGUUCCUGGGAUUUUUGUUUUUUUAAUGAUGGACCAAAUUCUUGAAUAAUCCAUCAUCUUGUCUAGAAAAAUAUUAUGCAGUAAUCACAUAACACUUGCAAUCCUUGAAUUAAUUCCACUGAAGCAAAAUUUGGAAAGAACCAGUGUUGACCAUAUUGCCAAUAAUAAAUUCCUAUUUUGACAUAUAUAAAAAGCCUUCAAGACACAAGAGGUCUUAGUGUUCACAAGCUGUGGUAGAUUUAAUCAUGUCCUCUGCAAUUUCUAAGCCCCUGCCCUGUGGGUGUGAGUUCCUUUGUGAAUGGGAUCUUCUAAAAGCCAAUUAAGGUAAGGCCGAUCUGAAACAGGGUGGUAUGACAGGAGUCCCUAUAAGCAAAGGAAAUGUGGACAUGGAACUAAAACCAGAGUAGGAAACAGAAAGAGACAGAUCACCAUGUGAUGGAGGCAGAGAUGGAUUGCCGACAAGCCACCACCAUAGUGAUAACAGACUUGGGAAAAGGCAUGGCCUGCCAAUACUUUGCUUUCGGACUUCCAGCCUCCAAACUGUGAGCCAAUAAAUUCCUCUUGUUUAAACCAA